AUGCCUCGCAACCUCAAAAUCAUCUGGCUCCGCAACCUCUAUUCUAGUCAAAUUUGGCAAAAGCCACCGAUCGAGCAACUCAUUCACAAUCACGCUCCCUACUGGGCAUCCAAGGCCGAGGUUCGUGCUGGAUGGCAUCAAAGUAGUGACCAUAUAAGGCAUGUGACAGUUGAUUACAUCGCUGCAGGCUGGAAGGAAACUGUUCAUAUAUACUACUGA